AUGAGUUAUAUGAACUCCCGCCUCAAAGGCUUCGGGUUCGGAAAGCGCAAGUCGACCGCCAGCAUCCAGACCGCCGACGGGGUCCCGCCCGCAGGUACCCCUCCUCCAGGCCAGCCUCUGGGCCACCCGCCAGGCCAUCCUCCUCCCGGCCAAAUACCUCAACACCAAGCUCCUCUCCCAGGACAGACGCCGCCCCUCGGCGCCGCGUCCUCGACUACCAGCCUCCCAAUGAACCACCCGGGAGCUGGCAAUCGCCCGCCGAGCUACACUGCAAAUUAUCCUCCCGCCGGCCCUGGCGAUCGCACCUCUCCUCACCAGGGCAGCAACCGCACCCCGCCAACCCAGAUGGUUGGAGGCCCUCCUCCCAUCAACACCGCUGCGCCCGUCGGAUAUCCGCCGCCAAACAUGCCUCCCAUGGGCCAAGGCCCUCAUCCCAUGGGCGGCCCUGGCGGUCCUCCUCCAGGCUUCGGUGGACAGCAGGGAUAUCCGCCUGGCCCUCCGCCUCCCCCGGGAGGUCCCAUUCCGCCGCAGUUCCAGCGACCCAACCUCAAUCCCGCUGCUGAGGUUGAGGGCGCCAGCAAGAGCAAGGCACAGCUCAUUGUUGGCAUCGAUUUUGGUACCACCUUCUCCGGUGUUGCCUUCGCAUUCGCCACGAACAAUGAGGCGAAAGAAGAUAUAAUCACGGAGUGGCCAGGUGCCGGUUCAUAUACUAAACAAAAGAUCCCCACGGUGCUUUACUACGAUCAGUAUCAAAAGGUCGUAGGAUGGGGUCCAGAUAUUGCUGAUGCCUUGGCACCCACCGGUUACCCAAAGCCAGGGGUCCAAAAGGUGGAAUGGUUCAAGUUACAGCUGAUGCUCAGCGGCAAUACGUAUAUCGACCCCAUCAAUCUGCCCCCUCUGCCUCCUGGUAAGUCUGAAAUCGAUGUGGCAGCCGACUACCUGUUUAAGCUUCGGCAAGCCAUGCGAUCAGCACUGCAAAAGACACUGGGAGAAGUGUUCAACCGAGAGGAGCGCAACAUUCGAUAUUAUUUGACCGUCCCUGCAAUUUGGAACGAUGCCGGUAAAGCCGCCACCCGAGCCGCUGCCAUUCAGGCUGGUUUCCUUCGCGAUGAGAACGACAACCGCUUGACGCUGGUUUCAGAACCAGAGGCUGCCGCGCUCUUCUGCUCCAAGACGGGACUGUUAAACCUCAAGGUCCACGAUGCCGUUCUCAUCGUGGACUGUGGUGGUGGUACUGUGGAUUUGAUUGCAUACGAAGUUGAGGAAGAGCAUCCUUUUACCGUGGCAGAGUGCACUGCUGGAUCUGGAGAUUCCUGUGGCUCCACCGCCUUGAACCGCAACUUCAGCAACAUCCUCCGCACCAAGAUUAGGAAAAUGAAACUGCCAGACGCCUCCAAGACUGCUGGUCGGGUAUACGGCAAGUGUAUCAUGGACUUUGAAAACAGAAUCAAGGCCGAUUUCAGAAACAACGGGCAGAAGUGGGCUGUGGAUGUUGGCAUCGAGGCCGAAUUCCCCGAGGCCGGCAUCGAGGAAGGUUACAUGACUUUCACCAAUGAAGAAAUUCUGCAGUGCUUCGAGCCGGUUGUCAACCGGAUUCUUGAGUUGGUCCGAAACCAGAUUAUUGCCAUUCAGGCCCAGAACCGCGCGCUGCAAAACAUCUUGGUGGUGGGUGGUUUCGGUGCGUCGGAGUACCUCUUCCAACAGAUUAAGCUGCACGUCCCCCCACAGUUCCAGUCCAAAGUCGUGAGGCCCAUGGACUCGGUGGCUGCCAUCGUCAAGGGUGCGGUCACCGCUGGUAUCACUGAGCGUAUCAUUACACACCGUGUUGCUCGUCGCCACUAUCUCAUGGGUACUCUGCAGCCAUUCAAAGAGGGCUAUCAUCCCGAGGCCUACCGCGUCCCUUCGUUGGAUGGAAAGGAUAGAUGCAAGUUCACGCGACAAAUUUUCGUGCAGAAGGGUCAGAAGGUAAAGAACGGCGAACCGGUGAAAGUCUCCUUCUUCCGACAAGUUGCGCCCGGAGCGACGCUCAUGUACGAAGACGUGUUGUAUGCCUGCGAUGACGACGUGUGCCCCGAAUAUACCAAGGACCCGCGUAUCAAGGAAGUCGUCACCCUCACGUCCGAUCUUUCGCGCAAGAAUCUCGAAAAGGACUUUGAGCGCAUGGACACACCCCAGGGAACAUUCUACCGCGUUUACUUUGACAUCUAUCUGACCCUCGACGGCUCUGAAUUCAGCGCGGAAUUAGUUUGCCAGGGUGAGGUCAUGGGCCGAUGCAGAGCUCGCUUUAGAUAG